CAUCACUGCUGCCGCUACUACUACUACUACUGCUACUGCUGUUGCCGCUACUCGCCUUGACUGACUUCUACGGACUUGACAUGACUGACUUGAUUUUUUAGUAAUUAGUAACAAGUAAAACAUUUCAUUAACCUCACGGACUGCGUCUCGACAAUGAUGCAGGGAUGACCGACUAAAAGAGAAAGAAAGAAAAACAGAGACGAAGAGGAGCAAGGAAACACAAAAUAUAAUCAAAACAAAACAUUAACAGACUUUAAACUGACCAAAGUCUCCUCUCGUCACUGUUGUUGUUUUUCUCUAUUCGUUUCUUAUGACCCUUUCUUCUUCUUCCCUAACCAUUUCUUCUAUGACUCCCUUUUCUUCUCCUAUGGCCCUUUCUCAUGCUUCCACGACCCCUUCUUCUAUGACCCCCUCUUUUUCUCCAACCCUUUGUUUUUCUCCUCUUUUCCCCCCCUCUAUGUCUACGUACGUCUCUCUCUGUCUCAGAUAGUCUCUAUGUCUAGAUAUUUCCCUCUCUCUGUCCUCAGUUCCGAUUCUCUCUGCUGGUUGGUGUUGUUGCUGCUUUGUUUUGUUUAUUAUUUGCCAUUCUGCUCUUCUUACUCUCUUCUCUCUCAAGGCCCGAUCAUGGUUCCUCUUGAUCUUGUACCUUUAUUAUACCCAAUAUCAACAUCCACAACCACUCCCACUACCAACAAACAAACACUUAUAACACACACACAUCUAUAACUACCACCAAUACCAUCCACAAUAAUACCAUUGAUAAAUAACGAAACCAAAAAAAAAACAAAAACACAAACCACAGGGAAAAAAACAGCCAGAGCAGCACUAAAAACCGACAGCUUUAUUGUUAAGAGGAACUGGUUAUUUUAAGUAAAUCGCCAUCAUUGAAAAGUACAAACGAAAAAGAAAAAAAAAUGGGUAACUGUUUAAAGACUCCGAAUGCAGAUGAUAUAUCUUUAUUGAGAGGUAGCGACAGUAACGAUGGAUCAGACCCAGCUCUCGGACCUCCACCACCCUAUCAGGAAAGUGUACCGGUAUAUCACCCGUCUCCCAAUGUGAGUCGGCCAGCGAAUCUAUUAACAGAAGAAGAGCAGAUUAAAAUAGCACAGAGACUUGGAUUAAUUAACCACUUACCAACUGGAGUUUAUGAUGGCACAAAGAAGGCCAGAGAGUGCGUGAUAUGCAUGGUAGAAUUCAAUAUUGGUGAUGCAUUACGUUAUCUUCCUUGUAUGCACACUUACCAUAGAGACUGCAUCGACGACUGGUUGAUGCGAUCCUUCACUUGUCCUUCGUGUAUGGAACCAGUUGAUGCUGCUUUACUGACGACCUAUGAGACCAAUCAGUGAACUGCUGUUGACUGUUGUCUUUCUUUUUUGUAUUGUUGGGUUCAUUGGUAUUUUAUUUUCUCUCUCACACAUCCUUGUAAACAUUGAAGACGCCACAAAGACACGCACACAAUAUGCUCUCUCUCUGUCUCUCACUCACACUCACAACACACACAAAUACUCACAUACAUAGAUUCGAAGUUCUGUUGGUGUCUCCUACAUGGAUUCUCAGCUAUUGAUCUCGGUGCAUCUGAAGACAAGCAUGGGCCUACCUGAAAUCAACCAAUCUGUUUUGAUUUGGGAGUAGGGCAAUACCAGGAGGCACCACUUCAAAGGAAAUAUAUAUACUUACAGAACAUGCACACAUAUGUAUAAACACACGUGUACAUAGAUAUUUAUACAUCAAAUACACAAAUACUUAUAUACAUACACACACAGAUUAUAUAUAUGAUUAUAUAUUUACACAAACACACACAUGUAUGUAUAUUUGUAUAUAUAACUCAUACACUUACACAUAUAUGCAUAAACACAAAUAUAUAUAAUUACAUAUAUCUUUACAUGCAUACACAUAUACUUACAAGUGUGUAUAAUAUGUUUGUAUGUGUGUAUGAAUAUGGAUAAUAUAAUUACACAUAUGUAUAUAUAACCCAUCCACUUACUUAUAUAUGCAUACACACAUAUCUAUAUUUAUACACACAAACAUAUAUAAUUAUAUAUAAAAAUUUAUAUAAUAUAUAUAUAAUUAUAUAUAAAAUAUAUAUAUAUAUAUAUAUAGUUAUAUAUAAAAAUAUAUAUAUAAUUAUAUAUAUAUGUAAUAUAUAUAUAUAUAUACAUAAUUAUAUAUAAAUAUAUAUAUAUAUAAUAUAUAUAUACACACACACACGUAUAUAUAACUGAACUUAAUAAAUGCAUAGCACCAACACAGUACUGACAGGCAACUGUCACUGGAGAAGUGAAACUUGCUGCAUUGUGAAGAGGAGAAAGAGGGGGGAGUGAAAAAAGAAAAUGAAGAAGAAAAAAAAAACCAAACAAA